AUGGCCGAAGAAAACACGGUCGAAAUCCCAGAGCCCUCUGGGCUGCCAUUCCUUGGCAACAUCGGCACAAUCGACCAGGAAUUCCCCCUGGGUUCGAUGGUCAGUCUAGCAGAGCAACACGGCGAGAUCUAUCGACUACGAUUCCCCGGGCGCACCGUUGUCAUAGUUUCCACUCAUGCCCUGGUCGACGAGACCUGCGACGAGAAACGGUUCAAGAAGUCGGUCAAUUCGGCCCUGGCCCAUGUUCGGGACGGCGUCCACGAUGGGCUUUUCACGGCGAAGAUGGGCGAAGAGAACUGGGGGAUUGCGCAUAGGGUCCUGAUGCCGGCCUUCGGGCCUCUCUCUAUCCGCGGCAUGUACGACGAAAUGCACGACAUUGCUAGCCAGCUCGCGCUCAAGUGGGCGCGAUACGGUCCUGAUAGUCCUAUCAUGGUCACUGACGACUUCACCCGUCUGACGCUCGAUACCCUGGCCCUGUGCUCGAUGGGAUACAGGUUCAACAGCUACUAUUCUCCCGAGUUGCAUCCGUUUGUCGAAGCCAUGGGGGAUUUCCUCACGGAAGCCGGAGAGAAGCCGCGACGGCCGCCGCUGCCCGCCAUGUUCUUCCGCGGGCGCGAUGAAAAGUUUGCGAAUGAUAUCGCUGUGCUGCGAGAUACGGCGCAGGGGGUGCUGCAGGCGCGUAAGGAAGGGAAGAGCCACGAUCGCAAUGAUCUUCUAGCGGCUAUGCUGCGUGGCGUGGAUUCGCAGACAGGGAAGAAAAUGACUGACGAGAGUAUCAUGGACAAUUUGAUUACGUUCCUGAUUGCAGGCCACGAAACGACCUCUGGUCUUCUGUCAUUUGUCUUCUACCAACUGCUGACGCAUCCCAAAACAUACCGCAAGGCCCAACAAGAAGUUGAUGAGGUUGUCGGACAGGGAGUCAUUGAAGUGUCUCACUUGUCUAAGCUGCCGUACAUCAAUGCUGUUCUUCGCGAAACCCUGCGCCUCAAUGCAACAAUCCCCCUGUUUACGGUCGAGGCUUUUGAGGACACCCUUCUUGCCGGCAAAUUUCCCGUCAAGGCGGGUGAGACCAUUGUCAAUCUCCUCGCCAAAUCGCAUCUGGACCCUGAGAUAUACGGGGACGACGCGACCGAGUUCAAGCCAGAGCGCAUGUCCGACGAGCUCUUUAACGCACGUCAAAAACAGUAUCCCAACUCAUGGAAACCAUUCGGAAACGGUAUGCGCGCUUGCAUUGGACGACCGUUUGCCUGGCAGGAAGCACUCUUGGUCAUGGCCAUGCUUCUCCAGAACUUCGACUUUUCAUUUGCCGACGCAGAAUAUGAUCUGAAGUUUAAGCAGACAUUGACUAUCAAGCCGAAAGACCUGUAUAUGAAAGCAACUUUGCGUCACGGCCUCACCCCAACGACCCUCGAGCGUCGACUGGCCGGACUUGCUGCUGAAACCACGACGCAGACCAAGACGGUCAACGCCGAUUCUGCGGACACUUCGUCAGCUACCGGUGCUCAAAUGACUAUCCUCUAUGGUUCGAACAGCGGAACAUGCGAGACGUUGGCGCGGAGAAUCGCCGCUGAUGCGCCAUCCAAGGGAUUCCAUGUAACGCGAUUCGAUGGUCUUGACAGUGGCCGUGCCGCGCUUCCGACAGAUCAUCCUGUCGUGAUUGUGACCUCUUCAUAUGAAGGCCAGCCUCCUGAUAAUGCAAAACAGUUUGUUUCCUGGCUGGAGGACCUCGACAAGCAGGAUGAACCAUCACCGCUCAAGGAUGUACCCUUUGCUGUAUUCGGAUGCGGCAACAAGGAAUGGGCCCAGACAUUCCACCGCAUCCCCAAGCUGGUUGAUAACCUACUAAACAAACUUGGGGGCACUCGUAUCACCGACCUGGGCCUCGCGGAUGUCUCCACCGACGAGCUCUUCUCUACUUUCGAGGCUUGGGCCGACGAUGUGCUCUGGCCUCGUGUUGUUGAGCAGUUUGGCGCAGAAGGCAGAAAGUCACAAGACCAGAACGAGUCCCCUGACCGAAAGGCGUCUGCGGCUCCGGCUCCAGGUGUCGAGGUGACAGUGUCCAACUCACGGACCCAAGCCCUGCGUCAAGACGUGGGCCAAGCCAUGGUCGUAGAAACCCGACUACUCACCGCGGAGGAGGAGAAAGAGCGGCGCAAGAAACACCUGGAGAUUCGUCUUCCAGAGGGCGUAACUUACACCGCAGGCGAUUACCUGGCCGUGCUGCCCAUCAACCCCGCCGAGACCGUCCGCCGCGCAAUGCGGCAGUUCAAGCUGCCCUGGGAUGCGCAGAUCAGUAUUGCGUCCUCGGGACCAACGACAACUGCUCUUCCGACCGAUGGACCUGUCGCGGCAAACGAAAUCCUCAGUACUUAUGUGGAACUGGCCCAGCCUGCCACGAGAAAGGACCUGCGAGUUAUGGCCGAUGCAGCUACAGACCCAAACACACAGAAGACGCUCAGAACAUACGCCAACGAGACAGAAACAUACAAAGCCGAGAUCCUCGCAGAAAGCGUUUCAGUCCUCGACAUCCUAGAACGCCAUCCCGACAUCGACCUCCCACUGGGCUCCUUCCUCCUUAUGCUCCCAUCCAUGCGCAUGCGCCAAUACUCCAUCUCCUCCUCCCCCCUCUCAACCCCCACAACCGCCACAAUCACAAUCUCCGUCCUCGACGCCCCCUCCCGCUCUCGCUCCAACGGCCGCUACCUCGGCGUCGCAACCUCCUACCUCGACUCCCUAAGCGCGGGCGACCACCUCCAAGUCAGCAUCCGCAAGAAUCCCUCAUCUGGAUUCCGCCUCCCAACCAACCCCACAAACACACCCAUGAUCUGCAUCGCCGCAGGCUCAGGCAUCGCGCCCUUCCGCGCAUUCCUGCAGGAGCGCGCACACCUACAAGAGAAAGGCACGAAGCUCGCGCCCGCCCUGCUCUUCUUCGGAUGUCGCGCCCCCGGCGUCGAUGAUCUGUACCGCGAGCAGUUGGACGAGUGGGCUGGACGCGGUGUUGUGGACGUACGAUGGGCGUUUAGCCGGAAGGCUGAGGAGAGUAACGGAUGUGCGCAUGUCGAUGACCGGAUCUGGGCGGAUCGGGAGGAUGUUAGGGGGUUGUGGAGCGAUGGUGCGCGCGUGUAUGUUUGUGGGUCUGGGGCUGUGGCGAGGUCUGUGAGGGGCGCGAUGGUGAGGAUCAUCAGGGAGGAUAUUGAGAAGAAGGCGGAUGUAGGGGUUGGGGACGGUGCUGAUGGGGAGACAGCGGACAGUGAGAAGAGGGCGGAGAAGUGGUUUGAUGAGCAGAGGAAUGUGCGGUAUGUGAUGGAGGUUUUUGAUUAG